AUGGAAUUAGUUUGUGAAUUUGAAAACUUGAGAUGGUAUAAAUUUGAAAAAAUAUGCUACACGAGUAGUAUUUCUUCAUCUUCAAUAAAAGAGCCAAAUACAAGCAUUCGAACAAUUAAUGGAAAUCAUUUAGAAGGAAAAAGUGACAAAGAUGUCGAAGUGAUUCGUUUUCGGGAUACAACAGUCAACUACUUCCCUCAAGGACUGAACAAAAUAUUUCCUAAUUUGAAAGCUGUUUUAAUUCAUUAUUGUGAAUUGAAAUCAAUAACGCGAAAAAAUUUGGAUGGACUAGAAAAUAUUCAGAUACUACGGUGUGAUAGCAACAAAAUCACUACACUUCCAGACGAUCUGUUUAGAAAUAUGAAGAAACUUAUUGACAUUUCAUUCCGCAACAAUGAUUUGGGUUGCUUGUCUUCAAAAGUUUUCAAGCCAAUAUUGAACAAUGGUUUAAAAUUCGUAGACUUUUCUGGAAAUCGUUCCAUUGAUGCUUAUUAUUCUGACUCAACUUAUACGACAUAUAUUUGUCGAAACAAAGUUGAUCCUGUAGCCCAAUUGAUGGCCAUGAUUGAUGAGGAAUGUAAUAAACCAGUAA